UAUUGUAAAAGAGCUAGGACUAAAAAUUGAACAUGCCUUUACUAGCUUUAUUGUAUUUGCUAUUAGAACCUCCACUCGACUACUUAGAAUUAUUAGAGAUCUUCCUAUAAAGAUUAAAGAUACUUACAUACCUAUUAUAGUUGAAGUGGUACCUGCUACUUCCUACUCCCUAUUGCUUAGGAAUAAUUUGUCUAAGAAGAUUAAGGCCAACUAUAAUUGGGCUAAUAGAUGCUACUCAUUUAAAUGGAAUAACAAGAAAUAUUCGACCACUACUAUCUAUGAAUCAACUGACCUUUACUCAAAUAACUAA